GGGAUACGUCACUGGCGCAUGACACCUAGCUUGUAAGCCGCAAGAAAAAGCACAUGGCCGACUUGUAGGUCAAAAUUAACCUACUUCUUUCCCAAAAAUUCCAUUCUCUUUCACUUAAUUGGACAAAAAAUCAAUUGUUUAUUAUGCAAAAAUAAUUAUUCGGCACUAUUUUGCAAAAUGGGGAUUAGGUCAUUACAGGAAUUUAUCGAAACGCACUGUGCAAGUGCUUGUGUGUCGGUGGAUUUACUGAAAAUAUCGAGAGGAUUCAUACCAAAAAGGCGUGGCAGGGAACCCGGAAAUGAGCGCUUCUGCCUGGUGGUUGAUGCCGAAAGUUGUCUUGACCGUCUGUAUGGUGGCUACUUCUCGGAUUGGGUGUGCGGGGGACAAUGGAAUCGGAUGAUGGCUUUUUUAAACAGUCUGAUGCAGGCCUGUCAUUCGGCCAAUUUAGACAUGGUUGUAUUCUUUAACGGUGCAUUGGAGAGUCAGAAGUUAAACGAAUGGUAUGCUGAUCAGCUCAAUGGAAAGAAAAAGGUCACUUUUGUUUUGCGUCACAUUAACAACAAAGGAACCCCGCCCCCUAAGGUGUGGUGGAUUCCCCCAGUCUUUUUGCAAGGGUCUCUUCGGAUGGCCCUGCGACAGAUGGGUGUAGGGGUUGCAUGCUCGAUGGACGAUCAUGCUCAAGAAGUUAUUGGUUACUGUAGAGAGCAUGGACUGCAGGGUAUUAUUGCACAGGACCCAGUCUACACAAUUUUUGAUCCUCCUCGAUAUUUUUCAUCACAGAAUUUGAAACUGACAUACAAAGGUUCAUUGGAAACCAAGGAAUACAUUAUGGAUGAAAUUGCAAAGAAUCUGGACCUGAAUCCAAACAGAUUUUGUAUUUUGGCAGCUUUGUUAGGGAACCAUAUUUUACCAGAUGAAGAUCUCUACUCUUUCUACAUUGAACUCCUAAGCAGGGCUGAUCCUAGUAAACCAGCCAAGCUGACCCCUGAAAAUGCCAUUCAAGCUGCUGUGGACUUUGUCAGGAAUCUGCCCAGUGUUGAAAACCUUGAUGAAGUUGGAGAAGUCGUUUUUAAGAAUUCAAAAGGGAAUAAAACGGAACUGGUAUCAAAAUUCAAACAGUGUGUGCAGUAUUAUCUGAAUGGCACAAAUGAUGGGUUUCUGAAGUACAGGCCAAGACUUGGACAAUUUGGUGCUACCCCAAGGCAAGGGAAUUAUGCAAUGCAACAGAGAAAUAUAGAUAACACAGGAUUUGCUGGAGACCAUGUGCCUCAGGUUAUUGUGGAUCCCCCAGCUGGUGGUAAUGCUAACUUCAAUCAUAUCCCCCCUGGAAUUCGUCAGGACAUGCUGGCUGCUGUAUCCUCCUCCUCCUCCAGUAGCAGUGGUUCCAGUCCCACUCGUAACAGUCCAGAGACCAGCUGGCCCCAGUCCCUCAAAUUCCAGACCCAAAUGCAGAAUAAGCAUCCAAACAAGUCUUCAUCUGGAGAUUCCAAAAUUCCUCCAGUGUCCCCAGAAAUCAUGAGAAUCGCAAGUGAGAGGCACCAAAAGGGGCUUAUGCACCCCUGGAUAUAUCAGCUGCUUUCACAGGGAGAGAUGAAAAUUCCUGUGAGCCUGGAGGAUGAAGCCAGCAGGGAACUGCCAACUGCAGCUGAACUCUACAAACCAAUCCGACAGACAGUGUACUCCGUUCUGUUCAACCUCAACAAACUCAAAAUCAUCCACGAUAAUCAGGUUAAGGAAAAAGGUGAUGGUCCACCUUCUCCUCCCAAAUCUUUUGACAUCCCAGUAAAAGAGUGGUCGGUCAGGCGUAACAAUGCUCGACCAUCAUUUGAUAUGGUCAUUGCUCGACCAGUGGACUGGAAGACCCCAUCCAUUGAGCGCAUGUGGCUCGGUCAGCAGGUUGAUGACAAGACGCGCCGACUUAGGGCAUUCCUGACCUGUAUGGAGAGUGACACCCCUCUUAUGCUGAACACACAAUACGUGCCUCAACAACUCCUCAUACUCUGCUGUGUUCUAAGAUACCUGCUGAGGUUUGGUCGUAUCCUGCAGCGCCAGGAGUUGGACGCCUUCCUCGCUAUGAGUGUUUCUCCUCUACUGUUGGAUGUACAAACCAUGCAGGAUCUUAAGCUGCCUAAUGUACUGCCCCGUGGUAUCCACCUGGCCUCCCUGCUGAUGUCGGGCGUGGAGACUGCAGUGUUUGCUAAUGACGUGUGUGGUGCCCCUAUUCCUUGGAACAUGUGCCUUCCAUGGCAGUUCUUCGAUGGCAAACUGUUCCACUUCAAAUUACUGAAAGCUACUAAUAACACACCACUAAUUGACAUGUGUGAUGGGCAGGUGGAUCAGGUCCUGCAAGUAGAGAGAAUGAGGCAAGCCAUCAUGGAGGGACUUCAGUUUGAGUUUGCCAAGCCUAUGCUUCCGGCUCCUUCACUCUACACCAACUACCCCUAUGGCUACCCUCCUUUCCCCAAUCCCAACAGCCACAUGAACUUCCGCCCUGCUGGAAUGGGGCCACCCAACAGGAUGGGCAGACCAGGUGGGGGGAUCCCUGCAGGAAUGGGACCGCAACAGAAUCAGCCCAAGGCUCCAGGGAGAGGCAGAGGAAUUCUGGGCCGUUCUCCAGUGGAUGCUCGUGGGGGACAGCUAGAAAUAGCAGGGGUUGUUGUUGGAAGCUGGGGACCUAACAUCCCCUCCUCAGGCAGGGGACGUAACUCAGGAUUGAGCCCCAGAGUUAUGUCUGUGGGCAGAGGAGGAAAUGAUGGCAACAACUACCCCAACAGAGGUGGAAUGAACCCGAUGCGCGGUGGAAUGCCCCCCAUGAGAGGAGGCAUGGGAAUGGGAGGUGGACCAAUGAUGUUCCGAGGAAUGAACCGACCAAUCAGAGGACGCAUGGGACAGCCUAUGUAUGGAUAUGGUCGUGGAGCCAUGAGAAUGCCCAUGGAUCGAGGUUACCCAUUCAGAGGGCGUGGAGUAGUGAGAGGAGUCCGACGACCUCAGGUCAAGGUUAGACCAAGGCCAGGAAAAUCCAAAAUAACCACCAAACCCAAAUCCAAUGGCAAAGGGCGGGGAACCACCAUUGAAAUUGUUGAUGAAGAGGACACAGUCGCUCAAGUAAAUGGUCAUGCAGAUGAUACUUUUGAAGAUGCAGAUGAAAGUUUGGCAACCCCGAUCAGCAAGGGAAGAGCGUAUGAAGGAAUCCAGAGUCCCGACAGUGGUAUCCAUGGUGACAAGUCAACAACAGACAUCAGUGCAUAAAUUUGACAACUCAUCCUAAUCAAUUUUUUUUUCUGCAAAGGUCAUGUGUGUGUGAAAAUGUUUCUAUUGAUACGAACAACAGCAGUAAAUGUUUACACACAUACAUGUACAUAUACACACAUAUAUAUAAAGAGGGUACAGUGAUUUCCAGUCCUAUUUAUUCCCCCAGAUUUCUAUUGUUUUCGUUAUAUUUUUUCUUCCUAUUUUUUUAUGGUGGACUGGUCACUGUAUUCUGUGACAUGAUGCAGACAAGAAUCGCAUGAUUACUCUCUCCAUCAUGUCACUAUCAACUUAGAACUGUUGAACAAGCAAAGAUUUGCAUUUAAAAGAAAUUUUUCUAUAUAUUUCUUCCCCAAAAUGUUAUGUUCCAUUAUAGCCAGUGUUGGUGUCUUUGCUUCUUGAACAGGUCUUAGAUUUCUAAGGACUGUGAGGCUUAGUAUGAACAAAAAUAUGGUGUCCACUUUUGAUGCCAGAUGCCUCGUGAACUUGGAAAUUAAACUUAUUGAAGUGUAUAAAAUGUGAAAAAAAAAUGAACAACUUCUUCAUCAAGUGGACAGUUUUGUCGUGAUAUUAGUUGAUGGUGUUGAAGAAGACUGCAAACUGCCAAAUUUUUUUUAACGCAGUCUUUGCUUAACAAGGAUGUUGACUGAUAUUUUUAUUAGCAGUGAGUUUGCUCAAAUGAGAGGGAGUUGUAGGAUUUUUGGCAGACAUUUUAUUCACUUCAUGUUUGUUGAACAUGGCUCUUACUAUUGUAAGCUGGCCUGUAUUUGUUGCAUUUAUAUUUUCCAAUGGUGGUCUUUUGACUUCCAGUCCACAAAAAAAAUGGUCGGAUGCCAAAGUCAAGCUCGCACAACUCGGAUGCUAAAGCAUGAAACUGGGAAUGUGAUCCAGCAAGACGGUCAGCAGGAAGUCUUGUGUCGGCUAUCUGGUACAUGGGGCUCAUAUCCAAAAUCAUAUCCAACUUGCCAAAAAAUAAUGCCUAGAAAAUGCAUCAUGCAUGUAGAUUGGAGCAUUUAUUGAUAAUACAUCUUUGAAUUUACUAUCAGUAUAGUAAGUUAUGCUCAUUGAUCACAUUUGCAGAGUGUAAAUCUCUGAAGCAUUAUAAUGACUGGAAAAUGAUUAAAAUUUCGGAGGGGUUACAAUUUUGACCUUGUAAACGGUUGGUCUUGCUGGUGUCGGGGUUUGAGGCCCGGUAGUUGACUUGUUGGUAAUGUAAGCAAGCGGAUGCAUGCACAAGUGUUCAAAUGGCCCAUGUUGUUUUUUGACUUAUAUACAGAGGACCUCUACAUUAUUUUUGUAUGUUUCUAUAUUAAUUUUUAUUAACAAAAAUUGUUUGGAAAGAUCAGUAUUUGUCAUGUGGAUUGAAUGUGCAUGUCCAAUGUUGGCUUUUGGGCUCCCAUAUUUAAACUUUCCAUUUGAUGUUCUAGACAAGGCAAGUAUUUCUGCCUCUCUUGUAGGACUGUCGAACUCUAAACCAAGUGAAAUUUCAGUUUCUUCUUCAGAGGCCUGUUUAGGUUUCUAUAUCUGUGAUAUUCUUGUUUACGAUUUGUUUUAGUUCAUAUUUUUGUUUCUUAUCAUAUUUAAUAUAUCAGUAUUCUCUUUUCUCCUUUUUGCCCUCAUUUGGUUUUCAGAUUCUGUUACUUUUUUUUUUUUUUUUUUCCCUUGACAGAAAAGAUUGAAUUUGUUUUAUCUACACACUGUCAUGGUCUAGAAUAUGAUAUGGACAAGGGUUAAAUUGUUUUAGAAAAUUAAUUUUAAGAAAAUUCAAGUAAGCAGCGAGAAGAAUGUUAUGGGUUUGGGCGGAAAUCAGUGUCUAGUUUCUAGGUGUGCACACUUUGACGCAAUAUUACCAGUCAACUAGGCUGUAUGAAACAUUCUGGAAUUGACAGAGAAAGUCAAUUUUACUCUAAACGAGAGUUUCAUUUGAGUUUCUGUAGAAAAUGAAAUAAAUAGGAUAGGGAUAUUGAUUGUUUUAGCAAGGAGUGGAUUUACAUGGUAAAUAUUUUCUAUGUGAAUUUCAUAAUGUGUUAUACAUGUUCUGUACAUGUUCGCAAGAACUAAAUUCAUACCAUAUAAAGAGGUUUCGAAGAAUUCUAUGGUGUCGGUGAUGAAGCUAUACUUUACAUGAAAGAUUACAAACUGACCUUUGACAUUUUGAUUGUGUCCUUGAAGCUGUUGCUAUGGCAACUUGGACUGGAUUAGAAACAAGACUUGAGAAAAUAGUGACAAAAAGAGAGAGGAAUAUAAGAAGAAAUUACUUCAAACACGGAUCAACUUUAUUUCAGUAAUGUUCGUAUACUAAAAUGCUCAUUAUUUUUCCACUGUGAUCCUUCACACGGUGGGAUUAUUUUCUCAUUGAAAUGAGGAGUGACGUGUAUGGAAUAUCCUGUAUAUUGAAAAUGAACCAGUGUCAUUUAUCUUUGAAAUGGUUUCUUCUUCGAUAAAACAACAAGUAUUAAGAUGAGUUUACUUGGCAACAAAGUAAAAGGAUUCCAGCAUGCAGUGGUGGGCAUGCUCGAUUUCUAAUAAAAAUCCCUGUAACCAAAAGGGAAAGGGACACAUAAUGGGACAUUUCAAAAAGGAGUGAGGAUUUUUUUUUUGCAAAUUAAUGUUUAAAAUCUCCUAGUCCCAAUUGUACAUUAACUAUUUUAAUUUUUUCUUCGUUUUGUAUUAGAUAUGUAUGAUAAUUUGUUAAUGUGCGGCUAUUUGAUUGACAUCAAAUAGCUAAGAUUUUGUAGUUACCACAGAUGUUAAAUAUGCUUACGUAUUAAUGACUGAAAUUGACAUGUUAAGAAGUCAGUAAUUUGGGGGAAUUUUUCUAUUGUAUGAUUAUUUCCUUAAAUGAGUUGGGGGGUUUAGGAUUUACAAAUUCCUUGAAAUACAAACUCUGAAUUACUGGCUUCGUCUUUGUAUUACUCUAUUUAUCAUUAAGUCUUGUGUGUUUUAUAAGAUGGUAGCAUGAAGCUUGCUUUGAAAUUAAGGAGAAACUGUUCUUCCGAGAACACAAAAAUAAUUAAAACAUGUUGUGAAAUAUUGAUGAAAUCUCCUCACUACAAAAUGAUAUGUUGUAAUUUUGAGUAUUAGCUUUUCACGGUUCUUUUUUUUAAAAGGCAUUUUGGAAUAUAUGACCCAAUCAACAUUGGUCAGUCAACUAAGAGGAAAAUCUGUGCAAUGUAUUCCAUAUUUUGGUUUUGGUCCUCUAUAUGCAUUUAAUAUAAAUACUACGUUUUCUGCCACUUUUUUUCACCUUUCUUGUGAUGAUUUUGUUAGGGGUCCAUGAGGAGGGUUGAUAGAACAAUAUUAUCUUGUACAGGAAAAUUGGUAUAUUGGGACACAUAUUUUGUCGUAAAUGUGGAACACUCUAUGUGAUUAUAAUUGUACAGAAUUGUUCAGGAUCUACCAACAAAUCAUGGCAUCACAUUUUGUUUUCACACCUGUUUUAAAUUGUUCAACAAAUUGUAAAUGAGUUCUUUAUUUUGAUAACAAUGUACAGUGGACGUUUGUUUUAUGAAGCAUGACUUUUUAGAGACACAUUUGGACAAUGGAGAUAAGUAUUUUAGUGGCUUUUUUGAGAGGAAGUAUAUGUCAAUACUUCCUGUACUAAAUAAUUUUCUUUUUUUAAUUUGUAGUUUAUUUGCCCCAUCUGUUAUGAUUUUUGGUAUCAUAAAGAAAUUAUUCACUAUUUGGAAUGGUAUAUUUGCAUGUAAGCACUUAAUAAGUAGUAAUAACUUCCAUCAAGCAAAAGUUGUGUGCAGUGUGAUAAUUUGAAAUAGAAAGAAAAGAAAAAACCCAGUCUUCUAGAAAGACUGGAUAUUCACACACUGGUCCUCUUUUGCUGGUGGCCAUAUUCUCUGUAUACAUUGUGUAAUUUUGCUAAGUUUGACCAAUUCUCUUAUAUAACCUAAUGUGUACUACUCCUUGCUUAGAUAGAGAUACAUAUAAUAUUUUACUAUAUAGUUGAGAAUGACAGACUAUUUUGAGUUUUAUAGGAUUUAAGGCCUUCAUGGUAUCAAGUCAGUGAAUUGGAAGUUAAUUCAGAGUAAGUUUGAGGGAGAAAUCAGCUCAUUUUUGACUCUUUGUAAAAGUUAAUUGUUAGGAUCAAACUUUAAUACAACCAUAAGAUGGAAUGGCCUAAGAAGGUUGAGGUAAGCCCAGAGGUAUUGACAUUUUGAAUGGACUGUCAGGUGUUUUGAAUAAAUGUUGUUUUUGUGGAUUAAA